CCAAAUCCAGAGAAGGAAAAGAAGAUGGCGAGUUGUUUGUUGUCCCCAUACGGCACAGUUUCCGCACCUCUGUAGGUCUUUCAUCACGGUAGAGGUAGCAGUUUUUCGGAGCGUAACUAAAGCAUGCACGUCGCUCGGCCCAGCGAUCGCGACAACACCACGUGAGCGUCGGCGGCCAUGCAGUGCGCAGUGACGAAAGGUGCGAAGCCGCCACCAGCGUAGUAGUGAGAAAAGCAGCCGCGGCAGUUAUCCCAUCGGGAGAUGGUGUGAUGACGAUCCGCUAGCGGAGUCAAGCGUCGCCGGGUUUAUCGUCGCCGCGUUCCUCUCAGCAGGCUGGGCACUGCGCGUUUCGUCAUGUUCUCGUACGCGUACCGAAUACGGUGCCUGCAGAAACUGCAUUCGGAAGCGUUCAUGGGUCUGAACGCGGUGUGCCUGCCGGACUGCCUGCCUGCCGGCGCCGUCUACCGAUCGAGCUUGCCUGCGACGCCCGUGUCGACGCCGAUCCGCGAGAGCUGGAUCUUCUCCGAGCAGCAGCUGCGCGAUCGGCUCUGCAAGACCCCUUCCCCUAGAAAGUGUCGCUUCUUCGACCCUAGGCGCUCCGAGUCCGGCCUCAACAGCUUCGACAACGAGUGGCUCGACUCGGCUCGCCGGAAGAUGGAGACCGCCAUGGAAGACGACAAGUCGGACGAAACGAGUCCCGAGGACGCGGACAGCGUCAAGGAGAACGAGACCUUCUACCAGAAGAAACUUUUCGUUGGCAACAUCAGUUAUCGGGUUACGAAGCGUCAGCUGGCUAACUUCUUAAGCAAGUUUGGGAAAGUUGUGGACUGUACCAUUGUGCAGGACCACAUCAAACGAUGGCCCAAAGGGUAUGGUUUUGUGACAUUUUCCAAGGUCGAAGAGGCCGAAAAAGCAAGGAAUGCUCCCCCCGACCAGUUGGAGCUUGAUGGCAGGCAGUUGCGGCUGCUUCCAGCCAACAAGACAAGGGUUUCCAAAAUUCGAAAAGAUGCCCAGGUGGCAGCCGAGCGAAGAGCCCUUGCUAGUGAACUGGACGGUGAUGAAGAGUCAUCAGACAUGGAGGCGGACGUGACCCCAGCGACCCCUCCUCCCUCCCCUCGCCGGUCGGUGGACCACGUGGACGACCUGCCGGACGAUGCCCUGCUUUUGGUGCUCGCCUGGCUCGACAUCAAGUCACGCAUCCGCAUUGAGAGAGUUUGCCAGCGCUGGCGGCGACUGGCACUCCGUCUCUGGAGGUCCCAGGACAAGCUGUCUUUUUCAGGCGUUUUCUCGGUCGGUGACGGAAGGCCGCUGACCGUGAGCAUUCUGCGAGCCCUCCUGGUUCGCUGCGGCGAGUCCUUGCGCAGCCUGGACUUGGCCUCAGCUUCCCACGCCCUCGACUACAAGGCAGCUGAGGCCAUCAGCAUGCUUUGCCCUAACCUGGAGUACCUGGAUGCGUCUGGUGUGCAGCUGACCAAUGUGUCUGUCCAGCAGCUCGCCCAAAAGUGCCCAAAGCUCAAGACGGUGUUGCUGAAAAGGUGUAGCGACGUUGGCGAGAAAGGGCUUUGGUGGCUUCUUCAUCUGUGCAAGUAUUUAGAAUAUUUGGACUUGACGGAAUUACACAAGUUAUCUGGUCAGUGUUUCCACAUGGCGGGAGUCCGGUUGCGUCGCCUCGUGCUUCGUGGCUGUUCGGGUUUGACUGCGACGGGCCUCUCCAAAGUGGCCACCAAGUGUUGCUUCCUGUCCGAGCUGACGCUGAGUGACUGCCUCCAGAUCUCAGAUCACGACCUGCUCCUCCUGUGUCAGAACCUGAGGGCGCUAAGGGUGUUCCACCUGUCAGGAUCAUUCCUCAAUUUGACUGGUGACAGUAUUGGUGCCAUUGGCCAUUUGCCCCUCUUAGAGGAGCUAAACCUGAGUCACAACAAGGUUGUCAACGACGUUGUCAUUGGAGCCAUAUGCGCAGGCUGCACCAAGUUGAGGUUUCUGGACAUCACCGCCUGCAGCCAGGGCAUCACUGACAUUGCGCUGAACCACUUGUCAAGGUGCUCUGGAUUGCGGCAGCUAAGACUCAACUAUUUGGGACAGAUCACAGAUUCUGGCCUGGGUAGCCUGUCCUGUCACGGUUUGCUGCACAGUGUUGAACUUCGGGGAUGCCCUCAAGUGUCCGAUGGAGGGGUGCUGAUUCUCGUGGAACUGUGUCGUGAUCUGAGGCUGCUUGACGUCAGCGGCUGUGAGCUCGUGACCAACGCAGCUGUGACCGGUGCCAUGGAUAUCGUGGGCGAGCGGUCAGAUGUGCUGACGAUCGUCAUAGGAGGCACGCUUGUGGAACCGAACCAGCUCUACCUGGACCCAAAGAGCAAGAUUAAGAUUGAUCGGCGCAACUUCUGCAUUGAACUGUACAGACCAGACAGGUUGGAGCGCAUGUUGUCUUAUCACGAAGACCGUGACGAUUGGGAUCUGGAUGGCUACGAAGGUGACGGCGAAGCUGAAGCGAGAGCCCAAGACAUGCUGGAGAAUGACGAUCCCCUGCUCAUGGAAGACUACGUCUUGUCAUGAUGCCACAUGCUGCAGAGGGGAUGGCUGCGUCCUGGGGCCGACUUGGAAGACGCGUAGUCUCGCAGCUCUCCGGAUGUGCCGUGCGCUCUCACUCUCCCCGUACCACUUUGCUCUCCUCCUCUCCCACAUCACCCACCUAGAGGAUCUUGAGUGCCUCCCCUGCCCCACCCUUUUCAUCGUAUAGAAUGGCCUGAACGCGGUGUACAUAGCUUGAAAAAUGGCGCGUCUUGGCGCGUCAACACAUUUUACCAGGUUGAUGGUUUCGUUUUCUCUUUAGUCGUUCAAGUCGAAAGCAGCCCGCUCUUUUCCCCUGCCCCUCCUCGAUUGUUUGCCAGCAAGAGAAGUUUGUGAUAUAGGUUUAGGCUUUCAAAUAGGCGUAGUACUGUUGUGGCCACUUUUUCUGGUUUUUCGAGCGAUGAACGAUGUUCGACGAAGUGUGAGGAUUUGGGAAUGUGUAGUAGGUUUUUUUGUUUGUUUUUGUGUGCAAGUGUGCUGAACAGCUGCCGUGUGUUGUGUUAUCAAAAAUAAGGUUCCAUGUUGCUUCUGACGCCUUUUGGGGUAAAUUAUGUGCUGUAAAAGUUUACUUAUUUAGGGUGUUGCUAACACAGCUGUGUUAUUGCUCUUGUUUGGGAGAUACAUUUAAAAUGAAGGCAUUUGAAACGAUAGAUUGUUGCCUUUUUGCCCCCGUUUUCAGCACUAAUUUUCUCUACUGUUGAGCGAUUGAACACAGUUUUUACAUUCAUGCUGUUAUGUACCCGCUCCGGAAUGUUGUUGCAUUUGGUUAUUAAGCUAUGGUGCCUUCUAGGCAUCUGUGCAGGGGGACAGCAUUAGGGCUCUUGCAUAGUCGCAUUCACAGUGGUGCAUGUGUUCGUAUUAUUAAGACAUACGAUUUUUAAAAUAUUGGUGUAAGUUAGGAAGGUAAUUUGCUAUUCACAGCUAAGCUGUAUGCUUGUUUUCUAUGUCAUCUGCUUUAAUGUUAGCAAGCCGAAAAAAACAACGCUCACUGUCUUCUGAUGCAAUCUCUCCCAUGGCAAAACACAACCGUUCUGUGUUUACUACCCACAAUAUGCAUACAUAUAUACGCGUACACAAAGACCUGUGGUGCUUGCUAGGAUUGUUGUAUGUAAGUCACUGUUUUCGUUUGAUUCCUAGAGUGAUUUCAAUGCCCAGUUAUCAAAAUGCCCCAUUCCACACCUGACAUAUUGCCACAUAUUUUCCGUAAGAGCACUGGCUGAGAUGGUGUGUAAUUAUACUGUGACGUCAAAUUGAUUGCUUGAAGUGCACUGUUAAUAGUCCGCGUAAAUUGGCGAUUGAAGACAUUUGAGCUCCUCGCAGUAUUGUUUUUCAUUCACGAAGAUUGUCGUAAGUAGAAAAUGCCGCUUGAAGCUUGCAAGUAUGCAAACGCCAAAGCCUGCAUAAACAAGAUGCGUAGACGAACAGAACCCUCCAAACACAUCACAGUUUCUCACACAGCUUCAUUUAAGACUGCAGCAUCACGAAAGCCAAUUUCAAGUGUUUGUGCAACGCCGACAUCUGCAUUUCCAGAGUGCUUUUCGUUGUCGAUCUGAUGUCCGGCUAACCUGUGUGUGGCGGUAGCCGCUGUUGAAAAGAGUUGUUGACUGCUGUACACAAUGCUCUAUUUUUCUCUCUCCUUGUUGUUUGCAGCAGCUGCGAAAUAGAAGAAA